CUGCACCGCUCUCGCUCCCUCCGGCUCGCCGCGCCCUCGCUCCCUCUCCUCGCCCCCUCGCUCGCUCUCUCCCCAGAUCGAGGCUGCUCCCGUCCUUUCUCCCCCGCGCUUCCCUCUCCCGCCGCGCCCCCCGGCCCCCAGCCCCAGCCCGCGGCGGGACCUCUGGGGUCGAAGGUUCUGGCCCGCCCGCGCCCCUCGCCGCCCCCGCGCGCCUCCCGCCGGCUCCUGCUGCUCCGCGAUGGAUCGCCUGCUCGCCGGGCGCUGAAGGCAUCCCCGGGACCCGGAGCGCAGCCCGGGAAAGAAACACACAGCAGUAUUGAUGAGUAGACCCUUGGGUUCAGAGAUUGGGCUGAAACACACCAUGCCUGCUUCCAUCCUUUGCUCCGGAAAGUUGUGAAUUGCUCAUGCCUAUAGGGAGGAAGGAUGGCACAUGGGAUUCCUUCUCAAGGCAAGGUUACCAUAACGGUGGAUGAGUACAGCUCCAACCCCACCCAGGCAUUCACGCACUACAACAUCAACCAGAGCAGAUUCCAGCCGCCACAUGUACAUAUGGUCGACCCCAUCCCAUAUGACACUCCAAAACCAGCGGGCCACACGCGGUUUGUCUGCAUCUCAGACACACACUCCAGAACAGAUGGUAUCCAGAUGCCUUAUGGGGACAUCCUUCUCCACACAGGCGAUUUCACCGAGCUGGGACUGCCCUCAGAGGUUAAGAAGUUUAAUGACUGGUUAGGAAACCUGCCAUAUGAAUAUAAAAUAGUGAUUGCUGGGAAUCAUGAACUGACGUUUGAUAAGGAAUUCAUGGCAGACCUUGUUAAACAGGACUACUACCGUUUCCCCUCUGUGUCCAAAUUGAAACCAGAGGACUUUGACAACGUUCAGUCCCUCCUGACAAACAGUAUUUACUUACAAGACUCGGAGGUAACAGUGAAGGGAUUCAGGAUAUACGGUGCACCUUGGACCCCGUGGUUUAAUGGUUGGGGCUUUAACCUGCCCAGAGGUCAGUCUCUGCUGGACAAGUGGAACCUUAUCCCCGAGGGCAUCGACAUACUCAUGACACACGGACCUCCUCUCGGUUUUCGAGAUUGGGUUCCAAAGGAGCUUCAGAGAGUGGGCUGCGUGGAGCUUUUAAACACAGUCCAGAGGCGAGUCCGGCCCAAACUCCAUGUGUUUGGUGGAAUCCAUGAAGGUUACGGCAUUAUGACCGACGGUUACACAACGUACAUCAAUGCCUCAACGUGUACAGUCAGCUUUCAACCUACCAACCCUCCAAUUAUAUUUGACCUUCCAAACCCACAGGGUUCCUGAACCUCCAAAUGCCCAAUUGGAAUGUGAGGGAAGGUUUAAAAACUGCCAUUUUUCUAAUUAUAAACUUACAUUCUCUUCCUUAUUUCCAGAUCAUGUGAGUUCUUUUUGUAAAUUGCUGGAACACAAA